ACAACAAAACCAAUUACCAAAAUAACAAUGCACCCUACGUUCCACCUCAUAAUCGCCAACCUCCCCAAGAAGAUUCCUUGGCAAGAAUGGAGAAGAUGAUGAUGGAGUACAUGCAGAAGAUGAACAAUCUAGCAGAUGAUUUGAAGGAAUGCGACAAGACGCGUGAUAACCAACUCCAACAAGUGUUCAAACAACUCGGAGUUAGAGAACAGGGGAACCUCCCAGCUACCACUGAACCAAACCCAAGGGAGCAACUUCGGGCCAUAACUUUGAGAAGUGGUAAAGGGCUUCAAGUCCCGGAAGUCAAAGCCGAUAUAGAAGAAGUCCCUGUGGAUACUUCUAUAGGAACAACCUCUCAAAAGAAGGUUAAAAAGAGCAAGGACGAGAAAGCUUUCCAAAAGUUUCUCGACGUCAUUGGCCAAGUUGAGGUCAAAAUGCCUUUGGUAGAUGUGUUAACUGAGAUGCCCAAAUACGGUAAAUUCUUAAAGGACCUCCAGAAGGAAAAGAAAUUUUGGCAGCCUGCCAUAGUGGCCCAGUUGGCGGACACUUCUCAGAAGCAAGGACAACAAGGAAAGUGUUGGACUCAGGAUUCUUCUGGCCAACGCUUUUUAGGGAUGCUAAUCAGUUUGCUGCUUCCUGUGUACCUGUCCUCGGUAGUUCUCACCGAUUACGGAUAUGCUGAGGAGAUGGAGCAGCUGCUACGAGGGACGAGGUGGCAUCGCCUCUUCACGAUGCGAGUUGAGUCCAGCCUGCUACUGACGAUCGAGCUUCUGUGCUCUCUUGAGCUGGAGCCGUCUACGGGGUCACGGUCGAUGAACUUCCAGUCCAUCGACUCUCAUACCACCCUCACCUUCACUCUCCUGGGGCAGGGAUUUCAGCUGACGAUCGCCGAGCUAGCCACUCACUUGGGUCUCUACUCUCGGGAGGAGACGUUGGCGCCAUAGUUUGAUGCCGCACCAUACCUUCUCCCUGCGGACGUUGAUCCUGCUGACUUUUGGGCGGAGCAUUCUUCCGACCUAGACCGCUUUGAGGGCAUGGGUCGGGCCGGGUUUUGGAUUCAGCCAACUUGGUGAAUCCUAUCUUUUGUGCUUUCGACGUCCUUCUUUGGGAGGCCGUUGAAAACGGAUCAGGUAUACCCCGAUGACAUGAUGGUCUUUUGGAGCUUGCACACACGCCAGGAGGCGAAUGUGGCUGUCUUUGUGGCCCGAUUCCUCUACAGCCUGUCUAUGGG